AUGCCUCUUUUUACAGGUUGUUGUCGCGCUCGCGCCAGGCGCGCCCUGCCCUUCCAUCCUGGGUGCCGCCGCUUUCGUGCGGUGUGCGUUGUUCUUGUAAGCGGGGUUGCAUUGUGGAAGGCCUGGCUCAAAUUUGUGCCACUGACUCUGCGUAGCCAGUUUCUGUUCCACCUCCACAGCCGUCGGCAGCUAUUUAGGCAGCUUCGACUCCGUCCCUCGCUCUGUUCGAUCUAUCAUCUUCAAAAUGCAUCAGCGCGGGUCACUGACUCAGUGUCGCUUUUGCAAGCGCCGUGCAAGAGGUGGCAACUUAGUUCUCCUUGUUUCGUUUUUUUGGACGAGAUGAAUAACGACAGGAGCCAUACAAGACCGGCGCUUUUCACGAACUCGAGUUUCUCAAUCGGCCUCAUUCUUCUACGAACGCAAAGGUGA